AUGCGUGAAAGUCAUGCGUUGGAGCAAAGGCUCAAAAGAAGUCGUUAUGCAGCUAUAAUGGCCGAUCGAGUUUUGUUUAGUCGAGUGUUUGCGCAGUCACUUGUCACGAAACCAACAAAGAAAAAGAAGAAGAAGAAGAAGAGAUAUGUUUCUGCGGUGAAUAGUGUUCGUUCGAGGGAGAAUGCAACCUUAGAAUGCAGUCAAGAAUCAUCCGGUCAUUCUGCUUCAAUGUCAUUCACUCAUCACAAUCCAUCGAACUCGAGCGUUUCUGCAAUCCAAAACUGCAAUUCAACGAAUACAACAUCUAUUGAACUAAACAAACAACAGCAGUCAUUAACAGAAUCGUCGAGCAAUAUUACCCGAUUACGAUCAAAUAUUCAACAGUCUUCGUCAUCAUCAUUAGCGCAGAGUUCUGCUGAUAACGAGUCGAAUGCCGAUAACGUUAAUCAAAUUCACGAUAGAACGUCUGAUGAGUUAUCGGUGACGUCGUCCUCGACUACACCACUCACAACGACACCCUCUGAUAAGCAUUCAUCGGGUGCACAUAGUUGCGAUGAUGCCACUGAAAAUGAUCUGGAUCUGUCACUUUAUGGACGAGGAAAACGGGUUUCGAAACCGAAACGAAUCGAUGAUCUUGACGAGAUGGAAGCGAUUAACGUUGUAAAGAAAACGGUGAGAAAGCGUGGAAGGCCACCGAAAGAUGGAAUCCGUUAUGUGGAUAAAUCUGAGAAGCAAAAAUGCGAAGAGAAUGGCUACCUAAACGUUAGAGAGAGUGGAAAAAAGUUCGACGGGAACAAUCAAUCGAAUAUUCCAUUCAAAAAACGAAAAUUUAGAACGGAUUCAAGUGCUGAAAUUGCUGUGAAUGCUGAAAAGUGUGUUGAAAAGAAGAAACCAUUAAUUGAUGAUAGUGAUAAACGAUGUGAUGAACAAAAUAAAUGUGAAAUUGUCGAGGAAGACAACCGAAUGCCAUCAACAUCUGAUCAACAAUCGGUGCCUGCUUCGUUGAAUAUGGAAGAAAAUCAAACAAAUGAA